CUUGUCGGUUUCAGCACACUGCUUCUGCAUAUUUCCAGUAGUUUCCUUAAUAAGACCAACAGUGAACCGUAUAUCACGUCCAGAGCUUUUGAGAACUUCUAUAUGUCGCUCCUGAAAUGGAAAUUUCGAUAA